AUGAAUGGCACAAUGCUUGUUGAAUUUCUCCCAUCACUAAAGAAUGCAUUACAGAAACUCAAAUUCCAAGUAUAUUAUGAGUUUAUAAGAAUUAUACUGAAGUUACUUGAACACUUGUAUAAAACAGGCUUCAUGGUCAAAUAUACUGAUGAACACUGCAUUAUUUGUACUGUUCCACCUAAUGCACAAGAGAAUCUGAUGGAAUUCUGGCCAAUGAGAACCCAUGAAUACACACUGGCAAUGCUUCAGAAUCAGCAGGAUGCAAUAGUAACCAGAAGACUUGAUGAAAUUUCAACAAGAAUUAAAGAAAUGUUGAUUCAUGCUGUUCUGAACUUUGUAUGGCAUUAUUCAUUAGUAAAUGUUCACAGUAUUAUAAUGAUUGACAUCUUCCACCAAUUGCUUAAAGAACUAGUGAAUCAUUUAAUUAACUGGUUGAAGACUUUAAUCAAGAAUGUCUUUAAAGCAAUGUGUCAAGAGAAGAAAGACUCUGAUUCCACCAUUAUUAUAUCAGAUACUACAAAGUCAGCUGCUGUACUAUUUGCUCAUGCUACAAAUAAUAAAGAUUCUGCUGAGAGUGGGUAUUUUAACUUUCUGAAGUUCCAUGUACUUGUUCACUAUGCGCAAUUCAUCUAUGAAUUUGGGAGACUUGAUAGAUUUGAUACUGAGAAUUAUGAGAUAUCACACAAAUAUUUAGUUAAAAAGCUGUUCAGUAGAAUCAACAAGCAAGAAUUAUAUCAGAACCAAAUAAUCAAACACAACAUCUGCUGCAUGAACAUGAUGUUACUUAAGAAUACAGCACUUGAUAAUAAAAUUCUGAAUCAAGAAGCAGCAAGAGCAGCUGAUAAGCUAGAAGUCAAGAACACAUGCUCAUCAGAGGCAGUGCCUAUACAUGACUUGAAGUAA